AUGGCAGUAGAAAGUCCAUUGCUUGCCUCACCUGUCAACGUCAUGUCAGCCAUCUCUCCCUAUACAGACUUUUCUCUUUCACCAUGUUCUCCUUCAAUUCAAAGAUCUCCAUAUUACCAAUCGCUGCCCGCGCGAAAUUACUCAGGUUCCAAUCUCCAACCAACUCCCUUCGAGGACGGCCUCUCUCCUGCCAGCGCGCACCUACUCAGUCCAAUGAGUGAUAUGGUGGGGCCUUCGCCAGUGACCUCGAAUGGCACUACAACCACAGAUAUUGAGGAUGAUGAAGUGGCAGAUGAAACCAUGAAUCAUGAGGAUAUACCCAGAGCCGAUUCGCAACUUACUUUGAAAAGGCUCAGCACAAAUCUACCAGAAGAAUUUCGUGCUUCCAUCGAAGAUGAGUCUGUCUCGGUCAUCCACGCCCCCGAGGGCUACGCAAAAUUUCCGUUCAGUGAUGCGACUCCAGUACAAUCGGCGAAAGCAAUCUUGGAUCGUUCAACACCAACUCCAUACCAGCAGUCCAGAAGUUCAAGAAGUAGUCCAAGAAGUAGCCCUCGCACCAGUCCUAAGUGUAAUCAAAGGACAAGCCCGAAGACCAGUCCAAAAACGAGUCCAAGUGGGAGUCCCAAUAAUAGUCCAGGAAUGAGUCAAGAAAUCCUCCAGGUUGCUGAUCAUGCGGAUAAGUCUAUCGAGUCAGGUCCAGUUUCACCUCCGCCCAUUUCUACAGACAUAAAGCCGAUGAGAUUCGGUUUGGAGAAUCAAACUCCUCGAGCGCAAACUCGUCAAGAAGUUGAGUCGUUUUCGGAAGAGAGACGACCAUCUCGGCCGAGUAGUCUUGAAGGGAUUCCCGAGGAACUUCCCAAGGACUUUUCGGAAGACGAUUUCGAUGCUCGUACAGUUCAUAAUGCGGACGAGGAAGUAUCAGCCUUGAAGACGGCGCUUAAUGAAUGUUGGACACUCUGCAAUACGUUGGCUAGUCUUAGCUCUAUUCACCGUGAAAGGAUAUUUAGCUUUUCUGGAUCCGGGGAUGCUCACGAAAAAGCUUGGAAAUGUUGUUGGAAGCUCUGCAAGAAACUAUAUGAUAGCCGCGACGAAGAUCACGAGUUUCAUGUUAGGCCAACGCUCGAUCUUUGUAGGGAUUUUUGCCAAUCUCUAUUUGAUGUGCGGCAAAAGAAAGACGAGGUAGCCGACUCAGUAUUGAGGGUUAGUUUCGAAUUGAACAACCACUUAUAUAAUACACACGAUCGCAAUUUACCAGAAGCUUUUCGAGAAAGAACUCUGGACUUUUACAUAACGCUAUGCCAUCGACUCAUGAAACAAAGAAGUGAACUUGCUGAAGAGACAGAUGCUCUUCUCCGAGCUUGUUGGAGUCUGGCUGAAAUGCUUUUCAGUCUUCGACAAAACAGAAGAGAAGGAAAAAUGGCAGAUGAAGAGCUUCUUGGGUCUGCUGUUCAGGCUUGUUGGGAAUUAUGUGAUCUUUUCCGAGAAGGUUGGACACAAGUUCGUCCUGAGAGGGGUACACCUCGCCCAUCUCAAACGACUUUCAGAACAUCAUCCGAUCAAAUGUCUCGCUCUUCACAUACCAAGUCUAGUAGUUUAGCUUCACUAUCAGAAAGUCCUGAAGAUCAUACACCUACAAGAUAUGUUAUCCUACCCGAAACCCCAACAACCGAUUUUGAAGAUACUCCCAUCACGCCGGAAGAGAAUUCGCCAAAUAUUCCAAAUAUCAUGGUUCUAGGUUCAGAAAGACCACCGCGAUGGUCAUCUGCCGCAUCUUCACUUUCAGGAUAUUCUCAAGAAAGUGGUGCUAGCACGGUAACCAACGGAAAUCAGCCGGAGGAUCUAAAUUUGACACGACUCAAGAUGCUUAUCUUGAAAGCUUCAAUGAAUGUGGGAUAUUCAAGAACUGCUAUUACAUCCAAAGGUUCACCCUUGACGCUUCAAAAUUUUGUCAAGGCACUGCCGACUGGUUCCUUUGGUCCAUCGCCAGCGCAAACGAAUCUACUCUCAUCAUAUCGAAACCUAGUACUGAGCGACCCUACCUUCAGGAAUCCAAGCUCAUUACCUCCGCCAGGAAAGAAAGUCUCCGCUACUGAUCUCGCUAAGAGCGUUACUUGGAUGAUGAGGACUGGGCAAUACACAUUUUUGAAAGAUUUAUUCAGGAUGGUGUUUGGCUUCCGUGUUGAUGAAGUUGAUCCACGAAAGAGCGUCAGCAUUUCGGUAUGA